AUUGGAACUAAGAUUCCACAUGCUGUGUGGCACAAACAAAAUUUUUUUUUAAUUAAAAAAAAAUUUUUUUUUAAUGUACAUUAGUAACUUUGUAGGGGAGGGGUGUGAAGAAGUGUUUGGAAGCUGGCCUGAGUAAUGAAAAUACUCUUUUGCUGUAAAAUGCAGGGGUUUUUUUUUUCUGCUUUUAUGUAUUUGUCAGAACAUAACAUUUUCUGCUCUUUAAGGAAAUUUGGUGAAGGGAACUGUUUAAAAACACUUAAAGCAUUCUGGUUUAUGGAUUAGAUUGCAUUAGUAAACAAAAGAGCAAAUUGGUGAAUAUGAGUUAACAAAAAUUUUGAAUAAGAAAUUUUCCCAUAUGCAUUUAUUUGGGUGUUAAUUUAAUUUUUUAAAGUUUGUUUCAAAACAUUGCUUAUUGUAACAUAUAAAUUUAUGUUGGGUGGGAAAAGUACAAAUGAGAAAUUGAAACUGUUUUAAACAUGUAAAUUAAAUGAUAGACACUACAAUUUGGGGGUUUUGGUUUUUUUUUUCUGUUUUGUUUUUAUUUUUGUUUUUUUGGUAAAGUAAUCUGGAUUGCUUAUUUUAUAUGCUGGGAUGCUAGUUGUUUUUUCUAUUAAUACACUUAACUUGCAUUCUAGCUUCGCCAUUCAGAGACAGGCAUCGUGUGGUGGGUUGUGUGACAGUGUCUGUCAAUAGUGAAGACAAAUAGUGCCAGAGACACUUAACCCAUCCAAUCUCACCCAGGGUAUAGGAUUUGCCUCUGAAGCAGGGAGUGUCUGCAUUAAAAAUGACCUGUAGUUCUCUGCUUCAUAGAUGCUUCUUCAGCUCCCUCCUCUUCCUCCAUGGGCGGUGCUUGCAGCUCCUUUACCACCUCUUCCAGCCCUACCAUUUAUUCUACCUCAGUCACCGACAGCAAGGCUAUGCAAGUCGAGAGCUGCUCCUCAGCCUUGGGGGUAAGUAACCGAGGGGUAAGUGAAAAGCAGUUAACCAGUAACACAGUUCAGCAGCAUCCAUCAACACCGAAGAGGCACACAGUCUUGUACAUCUCACCACCACCUGAGGACUUGCUGGAUAACAGUCGGAUGUCCUGCCAGGAUGAGGGGUGUGGAUUGGAAUCUGAGCAGAGCUGCAGUAUGUGGAUGGAGGAUUCCCCCUCCAACUUCAGUAACAUGAGCACCAGUUCCUACAAUGAUAACACUGAGGUACCUCGUAAAUCACGAAAACGAAAUCCAAAGCAGAGGCCGGGGGUCAAACGACGAGAUUGUGAAGAAUCUAAUAUGGAUAUAUUUGAUGCCGACAGUGCCAAAGCACCUCACUAUGUGCUUUCUCAGCUUACCACGGACAACAAAGGCAACUCAAAAGCAGGAAAUGGAACAUUGGAAAACCAAAAAGGAACUGGAGUAAAGAAGAGUCCUAUGUUAUGUGGACAGUAUCCUGUUAAAAGUGAGGGAAAGGAGCUGAAGAUAGUUGUACAACCUGAGACCCAGCACAGAGCUCGGUACCUGACUGAGGGUAGUCGUGGCUCAGUAAAGGACAGAACACAGCAAGGCUUUCCUACAGUGAAGCUGGAAGGCCAUAAUGAACCAGUGGUGUUGCAGGUGUUUGUGGGCAAUGACUCUGGUCGAGUGAAACCACAUGGAUUUUAUCAGGCCUGCAGGGUAACUGGGCGAAAUACAACUCCCUGCAAAGAAGUGGAUAUCGAAGGCACUACUGUUAUAGAAGUUGGCCUUGAUCCAAGCAACAAUAUGACACUGGCGGUUGACUGCGUAGGGAUAUUGAAAUUGAGGAAUGCUGAUGUUGAAGCCAGAAUAGGAAUUGCUGGUUCCAAGAAAAAGAGCACUCGUGCCAGAUUGGUUUUUCGAGUUAAUAUCACAAGGAAAGAUGGCUCCACUUUGACACUGCAAACACCCUCUUCUCCAAUUUUAUGUACUCAACCAGCAGGAGUGCCAGAAAUCUUAAAGAAGAGCUUGCAUAGCUGUUCAGUGAAAGGAGAGGAAGAAGUAUUUUUAAUUGGCAAGAACUUUCUGAAAGGAACUAAAGUUAUUUUCCAAGAAAAUGUUUCUGAUGAAAACUCUUGGAAAUCAGAAGCUGAAAUUGAUAUGGAAUUAUUUCAUCAGAAUCAUCUUAUUGUGAAGGUUCCCCCAUAUCAUGAUCAACAUAUAACUUUGCCAGUAGCAGUGGGAAUAUAUGUAGUAACCAAUGCUGGAAGAUCUCAUGAUGUUCAGCCAUUCACUUACACUCCAGACCCAGCAGCUGUUGCUUUGAAUGUGAAUGUAAAGAAGGAAAUAUCUAGUCCGGCAAGACCUUGCUCUUUCGAAGAAGCCAUGAAAGCAAUGAAAACUACUGGAUGUAACUUAGAUAAGGUAAAUAUGCUUCCUAAUGCUCUGAUCACUCCGCUCAUAUCAAGCACUAUGAUUAAGAGUGAAGACAUUACUCCAAUGGAAGUAACAGCAGAGAAAAGAUCGCCUUCUAUUUUUAAGACUACAAAGACAGUUGGAUCAACUCAACAAACGUUAGAAAAUAUCUCUCACAUAGCAGGAAAUGGGUCUUUUUCAUCAUCAUCUUCCCACUUAACUUCUGAAAAUGAAAAGCAACAACAGAUUCAGCCCAAGGCAUACAACCCAGAAACCCUGACAACUAUCCAAACACAGGACAUUUCACAGCCUGGUACUUUUCCAGCAGUUUCUGCAUCUAGUCAGCUGCCCAGCAGUGAUGCACUACUACAGCAGGCUACACAGUUUCAAACAAGAGAAACUCAGUCUAGAGAGGUGUUACAGUCAGAUGGUACAGUGGUUAACUUGUCACACCUGACUGAGACAUCACAGCAACAGCAGCAGUCUCCACUGCAAGAACAAGCACAGACUUUACAGCAGCAGAUUUCAUCGAAUAUUUUCCCAUCACCAAAUAGUGUGAGUCAGCAACUACAAAAUACGAUACAACACUUGCAGGCAGGGAGUUUUACAGGUAGUACUGCCAGUGGCAGCAGUGGAAAUGUUGACUUGGUCCAACAAGUUUUAGAGGCACAACAGCAGUUAUCUUCAGUUUUAUUUUCUGCUCCAGAUGGUAACGAGAAUGUUGAAGAACAGCUUAGUGCAGGCAUUUUUCAACAAGUCAGUCAAAUUCAAAAUAGCGUAAGCCCUGGAAUGUUUCCCUCAACAGAACCAGCAGUCCAUACCAGGCCAGAUAAUUUAAUAGCUGGAAGAGCUGAAAGUGUUCACCCACAGAAUGAAAACACUUUGUCUAAUCAGCAACAGCAACAGCAGCAACAGCAAGUGAUGGAAUCCUCAGCUGCAAUGGUGAUAGAGAUGCAACAGAGUAUCUGCCAGGCAGCUGCCCAGAUUCAGUCAGAGCUGUUUCCUUCAUCUGCUUCAGCAAAUGGAAACCUUCAACAGUCUCCAGUUUACCAGCAGACUUCUCAUAUGAUGAGCGCAUUAUCAGCCAAUGAGGACAUGCAAAUGCAAUGUGAAUUGUUUUCUUCUCCUCCGGCAGUUUCUGGAAAUGAAACUACUACAACUACCACACAGCAGGUUGCAACUUCUGGCACUACCCUGUUUCAGACAUCAAAUUCAGGAGAUGGAGAAGAGACUGGAGCACAAGCAAAACAGAUUCAGAACAGUGUCUUUCAGACCAUGGUCCAAAUGCAACAUAGUGGGGACAGUCAGCCUCAAGUUGGCCUUUUUUCAUCUACAAAAAGUAUGAUAAGUGUUCAAAAUAGUGGUACCCAGCAGCAAGGCAAUGGUUUAUUCCAGCAAGGUAAUGAGAUGAUGUCACUUCAAUCAGGGAAUUUUUUGCAGCAGUCUUCUCAUUCACAGGCCCAGCUUUUUCAUCCUCAGAAUCCUAUUGCUGAUGCUCAGAACCUUUCCCAGGAAACUCAAGGUUCUAUUUUUCAUAGUCCAAGUCCUAUUGUCCACAGUCAGACUUCUACAGCCUCCUCUGAACAAAUGCAGCCUCCAAUGUUUCACUCUCAAAAUACCAUGGCUGUGCUGCAGGGCUCUUCUGUUCCUCAAGACCAACAGUCAGCCAACAUAUUUCUUUCCCAAAGUCCAAUGAAUAAUCUCCAAACUAACACAGUGGCCCAAGAAGAACAGAUUUCAUUUUUUGCAGCUCAGAAUUCAAUUUCUCCGCUUCAGUCAACAUCAAACACUGAGCAGCAAGCUGCUUUCCAGCAGCAGGCUCCAAUAUCACACAUUCAGACCCCUAUGCUUUCCCAGGAACAGGCACAACCCUCCCAGCAAGGUCUAUUUCAGCCUCAGGUUUCCUUGGGCUCCCUUCCUCCUAACCCAAUGCCUCAAAACCAACAAGGAACAAUCUUUCAGUCACAGCACUCAAUAGUUGCCAUCCAGGGUAACUCUCCAUCCCAGGAGCAGCAGCAGCAGCAGCAGCAACAGCAGCAGCAACAACAGAGCAUUUUAUUCAGUAACCAGAACACCAUGGCACCGAUGGCAUCUCAAAAGCAGCCACCACCAAACAUGAUAUUCAAUCCAAGUCAAAAUCCAGUGGCUAAUCAGGAGCAGCAGAACCAAUCAAUUUUCCAUCAGCAGAGUAAUAUGGCCACAAUGAAUCAAGAGCAGCAGCCCAUGCAAUUUCAGAACCAGACCACAGUUUCCUCACUUCAGAACCCAGGCCCUGCCCAACCCGAAUCAUCACAGACCUCCUUGUUCCAUAGCUCGCCUCAGAUUCAGUUGGUCCAAGGGUCACCCAGUUCUCAAGAGCAGCAAGUAACACUCUUCCUCUCUCCAGCAUCCAUGUCUGCAUUGCAGACCAGUAUAAACCAACAAGACAUGCAACAGUCUCCCCUUUAUUCCCCUCAGAACAACAUGCCUGGAAUCCAGGGAGCCACAUCUUCACCUCAACCACAGGCUACUUUAUUUCACAACACUACAGGAGGUACAAUGAACCAGCUACAGAAUUCUCCUGGCUCUUCUCAACAGACAUCUGGAAUGUUCUUAUUUGGCAUUCAGAAUAACUGUAGUCAGCUUUUAACUUCUGGACCAGCUACAUUGCCAGAUCAGUUGAUGGCCAUAAGUCCACCAGGCCAGCCACAAAACGAGGGCCAACCACCUGUGACAACACUUCUUUCUCAGCAAAUGCCAGAGAAUUCUCCAAUGGCAUCCUCUAUAAACACCAACCAGAACAUUGAAAAGAUUGAUUUGCUUGUUUCAUUGCAAAACCAAGGGAACAACUUAACUGGCUCCUUUUAACUGGAUAUAAAUUCCAUGAAGAAAAUCCUGAUUUCAAGAUAUCCUAAGAUCUUGUGAUUCCAUGAGGAUUAUCGAACUGUUACUUUAAAAAGAAAACAAAAUAUGAAAAACUGUGAUUGAGUAAAUGGAUAGAUUUUACUCUGGCUGCAAAAGAGCACACCUUGGCUACCUAUUGCAGUGAUUAACCACCAUUGUUAACAUCUUUAUAUUUUAUGUUCCUAAUAACAGUGAUGACUGAGAAUCUAUUUGAGUUUCCAGCUGACAGAAUUAAUUAUUGCUAUUUCCGUAGGCACUCUUUCUUUAAAAGUACAGUUUAAAUUGACAAGCUGGAUCACUCAGUUAUUAUUGCUAUUAGAAAAUAAUUCAUGUUUCAUGUUUACUUUUGUUCAUUUGUAUUUUCUUUUCUGCAUUGUUUAGUCAAGUAGUGGCUUAUGAAGAAGAGUUCAAAUAAUAACUAAGGCUGUGAUUUUUCAGUAUAAAAAGCACAGCUAUUGGCUAUAGUGAAGGAAUCUUUUCUCAGUUUUUAUGGAGAAACUGAAGGGAUAACAUUCUGACAGGUAGGCUGUAUUAAGAGCUCUGCACGGAUAAGAGGCCUCUAUUUAUCACAGACAACACACUUACAAAUGGAACAGCUGGAAUGCUAUUGAUUUUAUUUUUCAGAGAGUCGUUAAUUCUCUAUGUUUCUGUUAAGGGUUUUAGCCAUAACUGUGCAUAAAAAAGAAAUAUCUUGCUAUAUUAAAAAAAUGAAGGGGAUGAUAUAUGGUAAAUUAUGUUCUGAUAGCCUCCUACAGUAGUUAAAACUGACAGUAAUUUGAGUCUGUUUUCUUCUUAUCCCAGUCUUGGACUGGUAUUCUCUUUUUAUGUUCAUCUAUGUUAUCCUUCCCCUCUUCCUUUUAUUUCAGACAACUAGUAAUAUGCUACUAGCUUUGUGACCCUGUAGUAACUUGAAUAAAAAGACCAUGUUGAUCUACGGUUACCCAACAACUCCUGCAGCACAGGCAGGGGGGUACCCUUUUGGGAAUGAGGGGAACUGACUCCUGAGAAAUAAGAAACAAUGCAUUUUUUCCCCAUGAACGGUGCUGUUCUGAAGUCUUCAAAUUUUUCCCUCUUAUAGGAAGCAGUGUAAAUGUUAAUUAAAAAAAGAGAGAGAAACUAAAAUUUCUUGAAACAUCGCUUCUCCCUGAGCUGUAGUAAGUGUGAUGCACUUGUCACCUCAGUGCUUUACAGUUCGAAGUGGUUGUUUACCUGAUGGUUCCCACAAGCCUUAGGCUUUACAGGGUCAUAUCAUUGACUUAAAGUGAAGAAUUCAUUUGUGUUACAUCUAUAGAGAGCAAAAUAACACACUCCAGAACUUGCAGUUGUAGUAUUAGUUAUACAGAUUUGGGUGUUCUCACCACCCAUGGGAUGCCUGCUUCUCACUACAACCUAUUGUCUGGACAUAUGCUUACGUCUUAUUCUCCUUUUGGCAUGUAGAAAGCUGUUAAUACAAUUUAAGGCCAAAUUGUGUGUGGCUUCUAUAUGUAGAUAAGAUGUUUUGGCAUUCUUGUCCGUUUCAUUUAUUUUUUUAAAUGUACAAAAAAUAGCCUGUUAAUUGUUCAUUCAAGGCUACAUUUCUGUUUUUUGUUUUUGUCUUUUCUAUCCUAUACACUUAGUUGAACUUUGUGGAAUUGUGGUGUUGGUUUUGUUUAUACAGCUGGAUUUUUCCCCCUUUUUGUGAUGGUCUUCCUUGGUUCUUUGAAUGUACUCUUCUUUGUUUUUUUCUCUUUGGUCUCAUUUAUUCUUCCCUCCACCCCCAACCCUUUCUUUCUUUCUUUCUCUCUCUGAUUGAGAGGCAUUGAAUUAUGUUUUCAGUAGUACAGGCUUCUUGCCGAUAUGAAGGGAACUUUUCAGAAAGAGACCUACUCUGGGUCAUUUAAUUUUGAAUACAGUUUUCAAUCGUUCAAGUUUUGGAUGGUUUAUAUCUAAUGUGUGUUUCAUUUUUUUGGAAAGCUAUAUUUUGUAUUUAGGAAAUGGUAUACUAUUUUGCUAUUUGUACUGAGUGAGUACAUUGGCAUAAAUAUAGAAAUUUAUAUAUAUACAUAUAUAUAACUAUUCUUUUUUUGCCACACAUUUUUGUGGUAAAUUUGUGAGUUUGUCUGAUGUUCUACCACAACGUGGCGUCUGAUAAAAGUGAGGGGGGGGGUUUGUUAUGUCUUUAUUGAGUAUUUAAGUAUCUUUUGAAACAAAUGACCUGUUCAUCUGUGGCCAUUCCAUCAGGCAGUUCCUUGAUGUGAUUAGUGGGCUAAAGUCAGCUUCCUGUGUGUUCGCUGGAUCUUACACUCAGCAAAAUGUUCAAGUAAGGAAACCCAUCUAGGCAGUUGUGUCAAAUGGUGUUUCACAAGAAUGAGCCAUCCAGUCUUUGCUCACUAUAUAUUUAAUAUUUUAUUAUUGUUGUUAUUGUUAUUAUUAAUUGGCUUUCUGUAUUCUAUGCCUUUUAUUUAUAAAGACACUAAAAAAAAAACAUGUUUGUAAUUUUAAUAACAUUUUCCCCAUCUUGUAAUGUCCAGAGCUACUUUAUAAAUUCUCUAAACCAAAAGCAUUUUCAUAUAUAUAUAUAUAUGUAUGUAUGUAUGUAUAUAUAUAUAUAUGUAUCUCCCCACCCCAUCAGGAAAAAUUACCCAGUAUAGUUCAGGUUAUGAGAAGGACCAGCUACACAAUCCAGUGCUUCAAUUUUAAAAUGGAUAACUAAUUACAGAGGAUUGACUGAUGUUAGAAAGCUUAUCCAGUGGUAUAAAAAUAAGUUAGAAAUAAAAUGCUGUAAGUUUAUUUCUGAGUUUUCUGAAUUUUUUCCCAAGAGAUUACACAGGAGACUCAGGAAAGUCUAUUUGUUCAUCAAGUUCCACUGUUAACACUGCUCUAUGGAUGAAGUGGUGGCAAGAAGACUGGCUUGUGUGCUGACUUCUGUUAUUUAGCAAGAAGUUUAUCAUUGUAAAAUGCUGAUUGCCAAUGCCAAGUCACCAGGGACCAAUUUUGUGUUUUGUACUAUCUCAGUUUAGAACAGAACAUACACCUGAACUGUAGUGGUUUGAUUGGAUGGAGGCAGAAAACCCAGUUUUUAUUUUCAUAAAUUUUGUGGUUAUUUGUACAAGGGCUCUGCUAAGAUACCAUAUUCUUAAUUCAGUAACGAUUUUUUUUUUAACAUUGUUAAAUGUUCCUUACUGGUAAAAGGUCAAUGUUAAGUACAGCAUUCAGAACAUAUUAUUUGGUUAAAAAAAAGUAUUUGUCUUCUUAUUGAAGAGCUAGCUUAGUUGUCAGUGGUUGAUACUUGUGCUACCAAUACAGAUUCAAGAUUACUGUUACAAGUUACAUCUAUAUAUGGGAGAGAUUCCAAGAGCCAGCAGAGUCCUUGGAAACAACAAUUUACUAAAUUUACUUAUGGCAGAAGGACUUAAGUGAACUAUAAACCACAUUUUAUUCCUUUAUAUUGUUACAUUCAAUUGUUCUUGCCUUUAGGAACUCACAUGAAUGCUUGGAGCUUAUCUGUAUGUCUGCAUGAUUGUGUGUGUAUGUGUGUUUGUCCUUUAUUCCUUAUUGUCAUUCCAUUAUAUAUCCACCAACAUGGGAGAAGUUGUAUACAACAAUUAGCAGUUGUAUUUUGCUUCUUAGCUUUAUCUUGUUACCUUUGUAAUUAGAGUAUUAUGUUGUUAUUUAACCAAUGCAAAUCUGUUUUCGCCAGUCUCCCUAGAACAGGUUUUUAAAGGGCUUUGUUUAUCAUAGAAACAGUAUUGCGAGGGACCUUCCUUCCUUUCUUUUUUGUACUAUUGUUUAUGCUGUAGUUGGGAAUUUCAUUACAGUGCAUUUCUUGCCCAUCAGAACCUCAGUUAAUCCACCUAGGAAAAACUGUGUCAAAGGGAAUGAGAAAGAAACUAGAGAAUAAUUCCUUUUGACCAUUUAAGCCAUUAUAAAUGCUUAUUUUGGAAAAGGAUAACCUGUUUAGAUGCAUCAGCAAUUAUAGACCAGAAAUUAAAUGCUUAAAUUAAAAUUAAUCAAAGCCUCAAAAUUCAACAUGGUUUUAUAAAUACUCACAGGGAGUACUUGAGAAUGUUUUCAUCUUUCUGGUAAGAAUUUCUGUUUUAGUAUUUGUUUUCUAGUUGAUUAUUUUCUAACUAAUUGAAAAUUAUAUUCGACCUAUUAGCUUCUGACCAUUCUGCUUCAUGACCACAGGCUUCUUCCCUUAGCCAGACAGCUAUGUUAUAUCUGCAUGCCUUUGUUUUGUGGAGGGACUUAAUAGAAGAACGAGCGUAUAGUUCAGUGGCUUUAUUAGAAAAAUGGCUCGGAAUAUAUAUACCCCAGUGAAUGGUGUAGUAUAAUCUCAUAACAUGUAUUAAAAAGAGGUUUUCCUGUCUGCUUAUUUGUGUCAUUAGAGCUAAAUAGUGAAGAUGAUGUUCAUAAUGUAGUAAAUACCAGAAUAAUACCUAGAAUAUCAUUUGUGACUUGUCCCAACACUCUAAUUACUUCUUUAAUCCCCCUUUGUUUUUGUGUCAUUCUAGCCUCAUUUAUUAAUAUGAAUCUAUUUUUACUCCACUUUCUCUUUCAGGAAAUUUUUUAAAUUAAUAUUUUAUAUCUAGAUUAAAUGCUUAUGGAAAAGUGCCUUUUUACCAUGAUAGUGCCCCUUUCUUAUAAUUUCAUUUUUCAUUGUUGCCAAAAACACAUAGGCAAAUGACUUUAAUAGUCUCAACUUUCAUUUUUUCUUUCUGGUAAUUCUUUUUUCCGUUUCUUGAUCACCAUAGAAAAGUUUCAAACCUUCCUAAUGCCCAUUGGCAGAAGAGGAACAGAAAAGAUAUAUAGCUAGGAUUGUUUCUUUGAAAAAGGAUAAGUAAAAGAUCCUCUUUUAGACUUUAUAUAAAUUAGAUAAAUUUGUCUUCAUCGUGACCAGCUGUCAAAAAUUUUACUAUAUGUGAGACUAUGGCUCAAAUGUGUAUGGUUACCUUUCAGAAAGGAAGUUGAAGCACCUGCUCUGCUCUUAAUUAUAAGAUGGAUGAAAAUAAAUCAAUGACAAAGCUUGGUAAUGUCAAUUUUUCUAAUGAUAGUCAAAUAAUUCAUUGUUUGUGCCUCUUGCCCAUCAGAACCUUAGUAAUCUGCACAUGAAAUAUAGUUGCAAAGGAAAUGAAGUUAUAUCUGAGUCCCCCAGAACUAAAAUAAUUCCUUGCAGCCAGAUAGAGUUGGAUAGGGUGUCCCUCUAUUUGUUUUGUUAUUUUUGCCUAUGUUCCAGCUCCUCACCAUAGUGGUGGUGCCUAAAGAAAGGCCAUCAGCAGCAAACAGGUCAGGACAGUAGUGACUUAGAGAUAGAGCUGCUUUCCCUGUGUGAGUAUUUCCAUUACUGUUGGUGGCUCUAAAGACUGCAGAUCUUUAUGCAAUAUUCUCAAUACCCUAAUGAUAUUAUGCACUUUAAUCAUUCCAAAGAAGUAAAAAAUGCUGUAUAGUGAUGAUUCCUUUUGAUGACUACAUUUUAACUGUUUAGAAUGUUUAUGUCCCUUUUUAUUUUGGAUAGCCAACUUGGUAUGUUACGGGAAUAUUUUCUAAAAUGACUGUAUAAUAGGACUUACUAAGGCUUUGAGAUGUAACUGACUAUAAGGGGAAAUGAUUACAUUUCAGAAAAUCAUUUUAGAAACAUUAAAAUGUUCAGCUUGCUAAUCUGUAUGUUUGAGAGUUAAUUAACCAGCUUUCUUCCUAUAUUUUUUGUUUCAUAUUAAUAACAUAGUAUAUAGUUUUCUACAUGUAUGUAUAAACCAAUGGUUCUCAAAAUGUGGUCCUCAGCCCACCAGCCAAUGUCUGUAUCACCUGGAAACUAGUUAAAAAUACAAAAUCUUGGGCCUUAUUUCAGACACAGUGAAUCAGAAACUCUGGAAUGAGACUCAGCAAUCUCUGUUUUUAACAAGCCUUCUGUUAAAGGUGAUUCUGAUGCAUGCCAAAGUUUGAGAACCACUGGUUUAUAGUGUAUACAGUAAAAUUUAUUAAUAGAAAGGGCUUUUUUCCCACUCACACAAUUAUACAUUGUUCUAAAUGUAAAUUCAGUUUAACAUGGUUAUCCAUAAUCAUUUACUAGUAACGAUAAUUUAUUCUCAGUACUACCUAUAGAAAUAUAUUUUAUAUACAAUUAGUCCAGUUAUUGAUAAUUUAGUUAACUUAGUUUGGUGUAUUCCUACCACAUACUAAAAAGUUUACAUUAAAUGACUGAUUUAAAUAUAUAGGUGCAAUGGUCUAUAUUUUUAUUUUAACUAUGGUGACAUUUAAUUAGCUAACAUAAUUGACGGGUGCUAAAGUCUCCUGUUUAUCCAUAAAAUGGGUACAUUGUGGGCAGUGAUAAUUCAAGCUUCAUUUUCAUUGCCUCUUACCUUACCAGCAGACGACAGUUUUGUCCUGGCUAGACCAACUCUCAGAACAAAAUUAUUUGUCAUUCCUUAUAUUUACAUUUGUAUCUGAGCUAUUAAACAACAUGGCUAGCCAGGUCAACAAAGCACCUUAUUUAAUUUCUUUUUUUAAUAGAUAAAUCUCCUUUUAAAAUAGCUUGCUUUAUAUGAAAGCUGACGCACUGGAAAUAUAACUACCCUUGGUUGGAACUUAUGCUUCAAACAAGACACUGUAUUAUUUAGUUUAGGCAUUUCUCCCUUUCCAAUUAUAUGCAACUAACUAUAAGAUAAAUAGAUUUAUUUAUUCAUUUUAAUCUCCCUCUAUAAUUCAGUACCUCCAUAAUUGCUGGUGUUUACAAAUCACCAAUUAAUUCAUGAAAGAAAAAUGUACAUUUCAAAAUAAAAAUCACCACUGCUGUGUUUGCUUAAUAGUAGCAGUGGAAAUGUAAGUGGCUUACUCUACAAACUUUGGUGCUGGAAAUACAUAGGCAAACUGUUGGGAGAUGCUCUAGCUACAUUCCUGCUUUCUUGUUCCUGUUACCAUCUUUAUCACCUUAUUGCAUACUAUAUUCUUAUUACAUAAGGCAUUCUACCAUACCACAAUAUUAUUAAACUCCAACUUGUAAUAUUUUCUUUAAAAGUUCUGUGUUUAACCAUAUUACCGUGCUUUCUUUUCCCAGAAUUAAUUUGCCUAAUUUGAGAUAGUUUGUAUAACUAUUAUUAUUUUAGCUAAUGAGCCUCAGGACAGCACACACAAACACACACACACACACAUACACACACAUGCCUUCUCAGAUGUUUGAGAGUGACUUUGGAAUCAGAUUAAAGAACUGUCCUGCACAGAAGUGUUUAUGACUUUCAGUGACAAACUGACUCCAGUGACAUUGAGCUAAUUUCUUUUGAUCUAAUGAAUGUAUCUGCUUCACCUUGUUCCCUUACUUUGAAUUGAUAAGCUCCAAGUAUUUAUUACUUUUUUCAGAUACUUUUUACUGAGUUCAUUCAUUUGUUUUACUUAGUCUUUUAAUAACUAUACUACAGUUAUUUCAUUAACCUGUUCUCAAGUGGUUUAACUACCAUUCUGCCAUUUAAGUUUUUUAUUUAAUUUUAUUUGCUUGAGUACACUGAUCAACCACUGAGCUGCCUUCUUCCAUUGUCCUGCAAUGAUAUAAGGGUUACAUUUUUGUGUAUAUGGCUUUCAUAGUUGGUAUUUCAGAGCACUGACACCAGAUACUUCAGUUUAUUCUCUGGGGGGAACUUCAUUUGCAUCUAUGUUUUUAGCUAUCUGUGAUAACUUGUUAAAUAUUAAAAAGAUAUUUUGCUUCUAUUGGAACAUUUGUAUACUCGCAACUAUAUUUCUGUAAACAGCUGCAGUCAAAAAUAAAACAUUGAAAGUUUUCA